AUGAGCGACGAGAUGAUGGACUGCGACGACUUUGAGAAGACGGUCAAGGUCAUCGUGCUUGGCAACGGCAAUGUGGGCAAGACGAGCUUGACAACGCAGUACGCCAAAGGCCGCUUCACGAGCACGUACAAGAAGACGAUUGGCGUCGACUUUAUGGAGCGCACGGUCAACAUCGACGGCGACGACGUGCAGCUCAUGAUCUGGGACACGGCCGGCCAAGAAGAGUUUGAUGCGCUCACGUCGCGCUACUACAAGGGCGCGGGCGCUGCCGUGUACGUCUUCUCGACGACGGACCGCGCGUCGUUCGACGCGCUGCCCUCGUGGCAGCAAAAGGUCUUUGACGAGUGCGGUCGGUCGCUCACGCAAUACAAGUCCUGUAGAGACGAAGUCGACGCCAUGAAGGAGCGGCUCCGCGUUCGGCUCUUCCGGACGUGCGUCCAGGAAAACCUCAAUGUCGACACCAUCUUUGAACACAUUGUGAAGCGGUACCUCCGGAAAGGCCAGGACGACGUCGCGCCCGUCGCCGACAUUACGACGCUGACGUCCGAGGUGCAGCAGUCGUCCAAGAAGAGCAUCGCGCUGCAAGAAGCCAAGACAAAGGAAACCAAUAGCGUGAAAGCACGACACUUGACGGCGACAACCCCGAAGAAGAAAGCAAGUGAGAAGAAGCUGCCGAUGGAAGAGGCCGAGUUCGACAGCAUCAUGGCACCCGACCGCGCCGCAUCGGAGGCCAGCGACGACGACGACAACGAUGCGUUGCCAGAGGCACCGGCCAAGGCGACAAGCAACGACGCCCCACCACGGCCACUCGCGCCGUCCAAGCAGCGAACCAACGGCAAGAAGACGCGUGCCAACUGCGUCGUGUCGUAA